AUCGUAUUGGUUGCCAUCUUUAUAUUUCUUAACCGCCAUCUUUUUUCCCGAGAAAACUAUCAAUACUAUCAACGCCUUUCAAUAAUUUUAAAUUGUGAUUGUUACUGGUGUUACUGAAUUCUCAUCUAAUCAUGCCCGGAACUACUGAUAAUAGCUACCAACAACAUCAGGGUGAAGAACAAAAUGAUGCAAAUCCUAACGUUGAUAAUGACAGCUCGAAUAACGCUACCGCCUUUGAUAAUCAACAACAAGGUGAUCAACAAGGUGAGCAACACGAUAAUGGUAAUGGUGAAAAGUCUACAAACGAAGAACCUGAACAAUUCAGAAAACUUUUUAUUGGAGGUUUAGACUAUAAAACUACCGAAGACACACUUAGAGCUCAUUUUGCACAGUGGGGUGAAAUCUGUGACUGUGUUGUAAUGCGUGAUCCACAAACAAAGAGAUCUCGUGGAUUUGGUUUCAUAACUUACAGCAAAUCAAGUAUGGUUGAUGCUGCUCAGUCAGCUCGACCACACAAAGUUGACGGACGUGAGGUUGAACCUAAACGGGCUGUUCCUCGUGAGGAAUCUGGUAAACCAGAAUCACAAGCAACGGUGAAAAAAGUGUUUUUAGGAGGCCUCAAAGAAGAUGUUGAGGAAGAAGAUCUUAGAGAAUAUUUCAAAGAUUUUGGAAAUAUCGUAAAUGUAAAUGUCGUGACCGAAAAAGAAACUGGAAAGAAACGAGGAUUUGCAUUUGUUGAGUUCGAUGAUUAUGAUCCAGUAGACAAGAUAGUCUUAAAAAAGCAUCAUGUCAUUAAAGGACGCAAGACUGAAGUAAAAAAAGCUUUAGCUAAACAAGAAAUGGAUAGUCACAAAAGGAAAGGUGACUCUAGGCAUAAACCAACUAGAGGAGGACCUGACUCUCGUAAUGCACCAGUUUGGGAAUCUGGUCCUUAUAACAGUGGUUUCGGUGGAGGCUACGGUAAUCAAGGAGGAUAUGGCGGCUCAUACACUGGUGGCUAUGGACAGGGCUACGGUAGUCAAGGCUGGAAUCAAGGUGGUCCUAGCGGUGGCUGGCCAAGCGGUGGAUAUACUAGCGGAUAUAGUGGUGUAGGGUACGGCAGUGGUAGUAGUACUGGUCCUGUUCGAGGUGGUAGAUAUCCACAUCGCUCAAGCGUUCCCUACAGGGGUAGAACUGCUUUUUAAACUUAUUUUCUAACUUGUGAAAAGAAAAUCAAUUUGAAAUCUUAUAUACUUCUAUUCGGCAUUUAUUUUGAUCUGUUAACAUCUAGACUUCUGAUAUGUUCAAAUUUCUCAGAUAUGCUCUCGAUUUCAAAGCUAUCAAUUUUUCUUCACUUUUGUUUAAAUUUUUUUAUUUAUUUCUUUGUCGUUUUUUAUGAUGAAUUUCGCGCCAAAAAUGAUUAAGUUAAGUCUACGAAUAAUAAUUGAUUUUUUAUCUAAAUGAUGGGAUCCUAUUGAAAUCAUCGUGAAAAUGAUUUGCAUUAGAUUACACGUUCUUACAGGCUGAAUAAACUUGGAUCGAUUCCAUUACUUUCUCGAAUAA